GGGGGAUGAUGAAAUCUACAGAAAGCUGUCCUGGUGGUGAUCAGAUGGGUCACAUGAACGGAACAGAAUCGCAUCAUACAAUCAAUGGUGGUAUAAACCACAAGCUAGAACAGGGUGAACAACUGUCAGAAUUCCUCUCGAUACUUCGUAUUGAUUCAGAUGGAGAUGACUCCCAGUCGCCUGUUCAAGAAAAUGGUGUGUGGUGCUCUAAAAAUGUUUUAAGAAAGCAGAGACAUUGGGAAAAAAUUGUGGCUGCCAAAAAAAGUAAACGGAAACUUGAAAAGGAGAAAAGAAAAAUGAAACAAGCUAAAGAUGCAAAUACAGAACCCAGCCAGUUGCAACACAGCAAGCGCUUCCUGAAAGCUUUGACCAAAGAGCAACUUUUGGAAGCCAAGGAUUCGGGUCCAAGACUUUGCAUUGACUUGAGCAUGACAGAGCACAUGAGUAGAAAGGAAAUAAGUCGUCUUGCAACUCAAAUAAGAAGACUGUACGGAUCAAACAAGAAACUUGCAAAACCGUUCUGGCUGUACCUGACAGGUUUUGUAGAAAACAGUCUUUUAUAUGAUGAAUGUGUGCGAAUGAAUGACGGAUUUAUGAAUUACCUUGUUGAUAAAACAGAAGAUGGCUUUCUUGACAUAUUUCCAUUGGAGACCAUCAUUUACCUCACACCAGACUCUGAGAAUGUUCUUGAAGCUAUUGACCCUGAGAAUGUUUAUGUGCUUGGCGGCUUGGUUGAUGAAAGUGUUCAGAAGAAAUUGACAUACCGUAAAGCUUGUGAAAGUGGUGUGCAGACUGCCCGGCUACCAAUACAAGAAUACAUGGUUAAAAACCCCAAUGUGAAAAACUUCCAUUCUAAAAUAUUAGCCAUCAAUCAAGUAUUUGAUGUGUUGGCCACAUACCUCGAAACACACAACUGGCCAGAAGCACUGAAAGCUGGGGUUCCACCAGGAAAAGGUUUUCUUCUUUGCAACCAAGUUAUAUCGGACAAAAAUAUUUCACUUUAAUAUUACAAAAGUUUGUGUAUACUGUUGGUAUGCUUUUAUCAUGUCAGAGCUUUACAUCUGUUUGAUAUAUGGCCUUGUAACUUAGUUUCCUUAAUUUAAAUUGUUAAGCAUGGUUGUGUUUUAAAUAAAUAUGUUUAGGUUUAUGCUA